CCCGCGCCGACUACCGAGCUGCCGGAAGUCGAGUCCACUGUUGCGCCGACGUCGACGCCCUCGACGCCGUACGACAGCACGGACGCGCCGACCGCUACCGAGGGUGCGACUGAGACCGAGGCCCCGACGCCGGCGCCGACCACCGCUCUGCCGGAAGAUGAAUCGACCCCCGCGCCGACUACCGAGCUGCCGGAAGUCGAGUCCACUGUUGCGCCGACGUCGACGCCCUCGACGCCGUACGACAGCACGGACGCGCCGACCGCUACCGAGGGUGCGACUGAGACCGAGGCCCCGACGCCGGCGCCGACCACCGCUCUGCCGGAAGAUGAAUCGACCCCCGCGCCGACUACCGAGCUGCCGGAAGUCGAGUCCACUGUUGCGCCGACGUCGACGCCCUCGACGCCGUACGACAGCACGGACGCGCCGACCGCUACCGAGGGUGCGACUGAGACCGAGGCCCCGACUCCGGCGCCGACCACCGCUCUGCCGGAAGAUGAAUCGACCCCCGCGCCGGCACCUACGGCACCGAUUUCUCAACUCGAGCAGGCAUAUCCCGUGCAGAGCAACCAGGGGCAGGACGACUACCGGCAGACGGAUGUCAGUGGCGAGGACACCCGGACAGUCGAUCAGCCCACGUCCGUGCAGCACCCAUCCUGCGGAUAGACCUCAUAAAGCUUCCUCGUGAAGUCUAGCUGGUAGCUAGGCUAGUCUCCUAGAAGUGAAGUUGUAUAUCAGUCUAAGUAACGUAAUGCAUUUCUCUAAAUCUUGUAUGUG